AAUCUUCACAUGUUGACAGAUUCACAUUCACUGAUGAUAGUGAACUCAAUGUUGAAUCAUUGAUCAAGAACCUGAAGAAUGCAAUAAUGAAGGAAUUGUUUAUAUCAUGUGUGACUGAGUCUUCUGCAUUCUUCCCUGUCUCUUCUGUUUCUUCCUCUGCUGCUCCCUCUCAAUCUUCUACACCUGCUUCUGUAUCUGGUUCUCUCACUUCUGCUACCCCUGUUUCUGUGAUUCUUACUUUCACUACUUCUGCUCUCUCUGGUUUUGCUGUCUCUGCUUUCAUUAUCAGCUCUCCUCAUUUUAAGAAGAUAUUGUGUAGACUUGAUGAAUCAUAUUUCUCAAGAAUCACUUCUCUUCUUAACAGUAUUAAGAUUGUAAUUACUCUGGUGUCAGAGGUCAUUCUCAUUGAAGAUGAUAACAUCACUGAGACUAUCUUCUUUCAUUCUCAAGCUUCUCUCAUUGCUUUCUCUCUCUUUUCUGCAGAGAAGGUUAUGUGUAUACCAGGUUGUAA